AUGAAUAUCACUAAUAAUACGAUUAUUUUCUUCUUCUUGUAUAUUCUUACCGUCUCUAGUGUUAUUGCUCAGGCCCCUGCUCCUGCUGCUAGUCCUAGUGGUGGUGCUCCUGCUGGUGCUCCUGCUGCUACUGGUGCUCCUGUUGCUGGUCCUGCUGGUCCUAGUGGUGCCCCUGCUGCUGCUCCUGCUCCUAGUGGUGCUCCUGCUGGUGCUCCUACUGGUGCUCCUGCCGUUGGUCCUGCUGCUGCUCCUGCUGCUGGUCCUACUGGUGCUCCUGCCGUUGGUCCUGCUGCUGCUCCUGCUGCUGGUCCUAGUGGUGCUCCUGCUGCUGGUCCUAGUGGUGCUACUCCUAGUAGUAUCCCUAAGGGUGGUCCUGGGGCCUCUCCGCCGUAA